AAUAUUUAUAAUUUAUAAUUUUUAACAUUACACUACUAUAAAAAAAAAUUCCCAAAAUUAUAUUUAAAAUAUGAAAAAAUGCUAAAAUUUAAUUUUAUCCCUCGAUUUCUCAUUGAUCAAAAAAAUUAUUUCAUUAAUAAUUCAUUAUAUUCUAUAUUAUACUCUAUAUAUAAAUUUUUAUUAAAAAUCAAAAUUUUCGGGAAUGUGAAUUUUUUUAAGAUAGUGACUUUUAUGAUUGACUGUAUAUUUAAUAAAAUAGUUUAAUUAUUAUAUAAAUAUUUAUAUAAAUUUUUUAUAUGUAUAUAUAUUUAAAUCAAGUUUUAAUUUUCUGUAUAUAUUAAAAUUUUUAAUAUUUAAUAUUAAAUUUAAAAAAUAAUAAAAAAUAUAUUCUUUGUUCGAAUGUUAUGUUCACCUUUAUAGAAACACGUGCUUCAAGUCAGUGCUAACCUCUAAAAUUUCAUUACGUGUAAUUUGGUAACGUGUUUCUUCUGAUACAUGACACCUUGAAUUCGAUAAUUGCAUCAACGUACCAAUUGGUACUAAAUAUUUUCUAAAAUAGUUUUCUAAAAUUUUAUAAUUAUAAACAUGAAAGAAAAACUUCCUGAAACAAUUAAUUUUUCGAAAGAAGAAGAGAUUAUUUUAGAAUUGUGGAAAAAAUGUGAUACGUUUCAGAAUUCUUUAAGAUUGUCAAAAGGAAAACCAAAAUAUUCAUUUUAUGAUGGUCCACCAUUUGCUACGGGAUUACCUCAUUAUGGACAUAUACUUGCAGGUACAAUAAAAGAUAUUGUAACAAGAUAUGCUUAUCAAUCUGGUUAUCAUGUGGAAAGACGAUUCGGAUGGGAUACUCAUGGUUUACCUGUCGAAUUUGAAAUUGAUAAAACAUUAAAUAUAAAAGGUCCUGAUGAUGUUAUGAAAAUGGGAAUAGAAAACUAUAAUAAGGAAUGUCGAAAUAUUGUAAUGAAAUAUGCAACAGAAUGGGAAAUAAUUGUAGGUAGAAUUGGUAGAUGGAUAGAUUUUAAAAAUGAUUACAAAACAUUAUAUCCUUGGUAUAUGGAAUCUAUUUGGUGGGUUUUUAAAGAAUUGUACAAUAAAGGUCUCGUAUACCAAGGUGUUAAGGUAAUGCCAUAUUCCACUGGUUGUAACACACCUUUAUCUAAUUUUGAAUCAGGACAAAAUUAUAAAGAUGUUAUUGAUCCUUCCAUAGUUGUAUCAUUUCCAUUAGUAGAUGAACCAGGUGUUUUUAUUCUUGCUUGGACUACUACACCUUGGACUUUACCCAGCAAUUUAGCUCUUUGUUGUAAUCCUAUCUUUGAAUAUGUAGAAGUUAAAGAUCACUCAUCUGGUAAUAUUUAUAUUAUAUUAGAAUCAAGUUUAGAACUUAUUUACAAAUCUAAAGAUUUAUAUACUAUACAAGGUAAAAGGAAAGGAUGUGAUUUAAAAGGAAAGAUUUAUAAUCCUCCUUUUCCAUAUUUUCAAAAUUUAAGAGAGAAGGGUGCCUUUAUAAUAUUAAAUGAUACAUAUGUCACAGCAGAAACUGGUACAGGUAUUGUUCAUCAAGCUCCAUAUUUUGGAGAAGAUGAUUAUCGAUGUUGUUUGGAAGGUGGUGUAAUAACAAGAGAUCAAGAAAUUAUAUGUCCUAUUGAUAGCUGUGGAUGUUUUAUAGAACCAGUACAUGAUUUUGUUGGAAAAUACGUAAAAGAUACUGACAAAGAUAUUAUUAAGUAUCUUCAGACACAUAAAAGAUUAAUUUAUAAUGGCACUACUAAACAUAGUUAUCCAUAUUGUUGGAGAUCUGAUACACCAUUGAUAUAUAAAGCUGUACCUUCAUGGUUUAUUAGAGUGGAAGCCAUAAAAAGUAAACUCCUUACAGCAAAUAGUAAUACAUAUUGGAUACCAGAUUAUAUUAAAGAAAAACGAUUUGGUAAUUGGUUAAAAGAUGCUCGUGAUUGGACUAUUAGUAGAAACCGUUAUUGGGGUAAUCCAAUUCCUCUGUGGAUAUCAGAAGAUGGACAAGAAAUUGUAUGUGUAGGAAGUAUUGCAGAAUUAGAAGAAUUAACUAAUACAAAAAUAACAGAUAUUCAUAGAGAAAAUGUAGAUCAUUUAACUAUACCAUCAAAACGACCAGGAUACUCACCUUUACAACGUAUACCUGAAGUGUUUGAUUGUUGGUUUGAAUCUGGAUCAAUGCCAUAUGCACAAAUGCAUUAUCCUUUCGAACAUCAGAAAGAAUUUGAAGAAAAUUUCCCAGCUGAUUUUAUUGGUGAAGGUAUUGAUCAAACUCGUGGAUGGUUUUAUACUCUUUUAGUUAUAUCAACAGCUCUUUUUGGGAAAGCUCCAUUUAAAAAUUUGGUAGCUAAUGGUUUAAUACUUGCAUCUGAUGGACAAAAAAUGUCUAAACGUAAAAAAAAUUAUCCAGAUCCUGUGGAAAUUAUUAAUAAAUAUGGAGCAGAUGCUCUUCGUUUAUAUUUAAUUAAUUCUCCCGUUGUUAGAGCAGAAAAUCUGCGUUUUAAAGAAGAAGGAGUUAGAGAUAUUAUAAAAGAUGUUUUUUUACCUUGGUACAAUGCAUUUAGAUUCUUAAUGCAAAAUAUUGAAAAAUUUGAAAGAGAAGAAAAAAUUACUUUUGUAUAUGAUGAUUUUAAAAAUGUAUAUUCUAAUAAUAUAAUGGAUAGGUGGAUUUUAUCUUUCACACAAACAUUAUUACAAUUUUUCAAACGAGAAAUGCAUGCUUAUAAGUUAUAUACUGUCGUUCCUCAUUUAAUAAAAUAUAUUGAUAAUCUUACUAAUUGGUAUGUAAGAAUGAAUAGAAAACGUAUAAAGGGAGAUGGUGGUGUAAUCGAUUGUCAACAAGCUUUGACAACCUUAUUUUCUGUUCUCUAUAUAAUGGUACGUGUAAACGCACCAUUUACACCAUUUUUAACAGAAUUUAUGUUUCAACGUUUGGUUAAAUUACUUCCUCCAUCUAAAACUAAUAUGGACAGUGUUCAUUAUCAAAUGAUACCAGAAUCUAAUUCAAAAUUAAUAGAUGAAAAAAUUGAAAAGGCUGUAUCUUAUAUGCAAACUGUAAUUGAAUUAGGACGUGUUAUAAGAGAUAGAAAAACAAUUCCUGUUAAAUAUCCAUUACCAGAAAUUGUAGUAAUUCAUCAAGAUGCUGAAGUAUUGAAAGAAAUAAAGUCUCUGGAAUUAUAUAUUCUUGAGGAACUUAAUGUAAAAGAAUUAACUAUUACUACAGAUAAGGAAAAAUAUGGUGUUAAAUUAAAAGCAGAACCAGAUCAUAAAAUACUUGGAGCUCGUCUUAAAGGAGAAUUUAAAUCUGUUACUCAAGCUAUUAAAGAACUUUCUGAUGAAGAAUUGCAAAUUUUUGUUUCAAAAAAAGAAAUUAUUAUACAAGGUCAUAAAUUAGAAGAACAAGAUUUACGACUUAUGUUUAGUUUCACAGGUCCAGCAGCUGAAAAAUUGUCAAAACAGUAUGAAGCUCAUAGUGAAGGAAAUGUUUUAAUUUUAUUAGAUGUUACUCCUGAUGAAAAUAUGCAUAAUGAAGGAAUGGCAAGAGAAAUAAUCAAUAGAGUUCAGAAGCUAAGAAAGAAAGCUCAAUUAGUUCCAUCUGAUGAAGCCAUUGUAUAUUAUGAAAUACAAGAUCAAAAUAGUAAUUUGGCAAAAGUAAUUAUCAGUCAUAAAGAAUUUAUUGAAAAUGCAACUAAAACUCCACAAGAAAAUAUAUCAAAAAUGUCAAAUAAUGCAAAUAUAAUCAUAGAAGAAAUGCAAAAAAUUAAAAAUAUUAAUAUGAAACUUAUUUUAGUAAAACCUGAUAUUGAAAAUGAUAAAAAUAAUGUAGAACCUUUCUUAAAAUACGUAAAUAUUGAACUUAUAGGCAUAAAACCAAGAUUUGGUGCAACUAAUUGUAUAGGAACUAUAUUAUUAGAAACUCCUAACACAUUAGUUCCUAUUUCUUACGAUCAAUUAAACUAUGAAAUUCAAUUAAUAUUUGGUAUUUAUGGUUGUGCUUAUAAUUUAUAUGUUGAUAAUAAACCACUAUCGGAAGAAACAAAUAUUUUAUCAUUGCAUCAACAAACAAUAAAAGUAAUAAAAGUAGGUUUAGUUAUAACUCAAUCAUUUUCAGUAUUAAAACAUCCUGUUUGUAAAUUCAUUAAUAUUAAUAGCACUUUAGGGAAAGGUACUAUUCUUUUAGAAAAUCCAAAAGGAAACUUUAAUUUAAAUAAUGCAAUGUUAAAAGAACAAUUAAAUAUCUUUUUUAAUAAACUUAAUAUUUCUGAACCUAUACCUGAGGUAUUAAACGAAUUUUGGGGAAAAACAUUUCAAUUAAGUUAAUUUCUAUUUAAAAGUGAUUUUUCAUUAAUUAUUUAUUUUACAUACGUACAUCAUCUUUAAAAUGUUUUUCAAAAUUUAAUAAUUUCAUUCAAAUUUAAAUUGAAAUUCAUAUUAAAUAUUAAUUCUACAAACUAUACAUUGUAUAUUUAAAUACCAAUUCUGAAUUGGUGGUAACUUUAUUCACAUAUUAUAUUUAUUUAUUUUAUAUAAGAAUUUAUAAAUCAUUCAAUUUUGUGGAAAACAGUAUGUAAUUACAUCAUUUUUAUAAUUAAGAAUUAAUAAAAGAUUAUUAUUAUAAACUAUAUAAUAUACAAAUAUACCUUUUUUUUCAUUGAAUUGAGAAUUUUUUUAAUUCUGUUAAAUUCAAAUGAAAAAUAAAUUUUUAUUUACAUAAAAUCAAUUGAACUAUGAAAUAUGCUAAUACAUGAAAAUGUCAAAUAAAUAACUAUUUAUUUCAUAUUCAAUAAAAAUUGUGAUAUUAUAUAAUUUGAUUUUUUUUACCACUAUAAUACAGUCUAUUACAGAAAUAAGGAUAAAUCGACAUCAUUUGUCAGAAAAAGUAAUAAAUUUUCUUUUUUGAAAGUAAUAUAAACUGUAUGUUUUAAUAAAUUAUAAUUUUAUGAUUGCUUAAUACAUUAUAAGUUAUAUGUAUAUAUACACAUUGUUAAUAACUUUUAUUUUUUUUAACAAUUCAUAAUGCUCAGUAAUAAUGCUCCAAAAAACAUUAAUAUUAUGUAAUUUUCAUUCUAAAGUUAGAAACUUUGGAAGAUUUAUAAAAAGUAUAAUAAUUUUGUUUCAAUAAUUGCAAUUUAUAAUAGUUAUACAUAGUAUAUUCAAGUUUAAGAUAUAUAUAGAUCAAUUCAAUAGUAAUUUUUAAAUUCAAUAAAAAUAUUAUAAAUAUGUAAAUAUAUAAUAAAUUUUUUGUUGAAAAUGAUAUAGCAUUAUUGCAAAUUGUCAUUUAUAACAUUUAUUAUGACUAAUUCAACAAAUGAAUAAUAUUUAUCAAAAUUAAUUUCGCAAAUAUAUUUAAAUGAACAAAUAUUGGCUAGUUAUCAAAAUAUUAAUUAUUCGAAUUUAUAAAUUUAAUAUUAUAUACGUUCCCAUUUAUAAUCAUAGUUUUUUAUAAAUCCAACGAAAUUUCCUUUGUAAAUAUAUAAAUUAAAAUUUUGAGUUAAAAAAAGAAAAAAUGCAGAUAAAUUGAUUUAAAAUUUGAAAUGCAAAUCCAUACUAUCUAAGUAUACUUGAUAUAUUAUUCAUAUGAAUUCCUUUAUACAUUGAUAAAAAUCACAAUAACCCUUCAUGUUCUCUUUUAUGUCAGGAACCAAUGUGUUUAAAUGAUGUUACACUGAAAACACACAUUAAUGUUUACAAAAUCAUAUUUCAAAAUAAUAUCUUUAACUGUUUCUUUGCUAUAAAUUCACGCAAUAUUUCUGAUGUUGCAUUGUUGAUUGAAAAAGAAAUUACUAACUAAUGACAUAAUAUUAAAGCUACUGACAUUGCGAAAAUUGCAGUGAGUGCAUAUAAUGCGAGAGUUGUACUCGCGGUAAAAAAUUGAGCAUAAUGAUAUCGGGAAUACCAAGCGAAACCUAACAUGACAGUCAAAAUGACCACUAAUGGUCUACUCAAAUCCCAUUCAUUAUGCACAGAACUAAUUCCUGUGCCAACAGGAAUAUCAGAAAAUGAUUGAGGGUUAAAAUAAAUUGGUGAUGAAUUGUCUAAUGUUGAUGUUUGAGAUGAUACAGGAUUUGGUCGUGGUUGAUGAACCAAACAAUGAACUACACAAUUGUUAUAUAAGCCACAUCUUUCCAAUGUUUGAUUGUCAGGUUGCAGUACUCGACCAUUAAAAACUAAACGCACUAAUUUUUGUGCAUCUAGCUCUGUUUGAAAAUGCCUCCUGAAAAUAUGUAAUUAUGUAUUUCAUUUCAUUAUGUUACAUUACAUAUUUUAUUUAUAAAUUAAUAAAUUUUAUAUAAAUAUUUA